CCUCCCCAUUUGUGUUAGCCGCUUGUAGAACCAGGCUUUGUUCCCCUUCCUGGGGUAGUCUAAUAGGAUCCAUUUUCGAGAUUGAAACAAACUAAGACGAUGCCUAGAGGGGGAGGAGACCCACUGGUGGUUGGACGAGUAAUAGGGGAUGUUUUGGACCAGUUCACCAGGUCCCUAAGCCUUAGCGCGACCUAUGGUAGCAGAGAAGUGAGCAAUGGUUGUGAGUUUCGACCCUCUCAGGUUGUGAAUCAGCCUAGGGUUGAGAUUGGAGGUGACGAUCUUCGCACCUUCUAUACUCUGGUGAUGGUGGACCCUGAUGCUCCAAGUCCCAGCGAUCCAAACCUUAGGGAAUACUUGCACUGGUUGGUCACUGACAUUCCAGCCACCACGGGAGCAUCGUUUGGCCAAGAAGUUGUGUGCUAUGAGAGUCCACGGCCAUCAAUGGGAAUCCACCGCUUCAUAUUCGUGCUUUUCCGGCAGCUUGGGCGGCAGACGGUCUAUCCACCCGGGUGGCGCCAGAACUUCAACACCAGGGACUUUGCUGAACUUUACAAUCUAGGCUCGCCUGUUGCAGCAGUUUACUACAACUGCCAGAGGGAGAGUGGUUCGGGAGGCAGAAGACGAUAACAGAACCCCCAAUGAUGCAGAUACCAUCACAAUGAUGAUAAGAUCAGCUAUAUCUAAGUCAGCUGGUACUCCCCCUCCUGUGUGUUGUUGGUAUGCAGAAACACCAAAAGUUGAAGAUGGUCCAGAUAGGAGUCUACACCCUUGAGCUAGCCCAUUUUUAAACUUUGGUUGGAAAAAUUGGUGUGUAAAACUCAUUAUUAUGUCUUUGAAUUAGAAAUAAUUGUUAUGGGUUUUAGUAGUACGUGUAUGGCUAUUGUCUUCAGUUUCUUCUUUU